AUCGAGGGGAAAAAGUCCCCCCCCCCUUUUUCCCUUUUCUUUUUGGGCGAGAGGAUCGCAUGAUCGGUGAGGAGGUUUGUGUUACGCCCGGGAACCCGCCUCUUAGCCAAUCGACCCUUCCCUGCUGGAGCGAUCGCCCCCUGGUCGCCCAUUCCCACGACCCGCUCGCUUCUUCCAGGUUUGCUCUCCGCGCCGCUGGCCAUGCGGCUGCUGCAUCCGCUUUCGGCUGCCGUCGGCCUUUUCCUCUCCGCCUUCCCGUUAUUCUACCUCUUGAACGCCGUCGCGGCCUUGCACAGCCCUCCAGUGAUUGCAGUCCUCGGCAUUAUUAUUCUGUCGCCUUUGUUUGUACUGAUUUAUCUCCCAAACCGCUCCUUCGAGGAUCCUCUUUUAUACGUGUUCAUGGUCCUUUGCUUCAUCGCUGGAACAGAUGCUGUGAUUGCUUUAGAGAAAGACGGCUACACCAGCAGCUUUGCAGAUUUCUACAUCAGAGAGGAUGAGCCUUAUCUGGGCACAGCAUAUGGCAUUAUGAUCUCCUACUGGCAUGCUGCGGUGAACUUCGCCAUGUAUCUCCUCAUGAUUGCAGCCAUUGUUCAGAGAAAGAGUUAUCGGAACGUUGGCCUCUAUUGGACAGGAUCCUUCACCAUGGCACUUGGGGUCUUCCUGUUGGGAAAUGUGAUUGGGAAAUACAGCUCUGAGAUCGGACCAGCCUUUCUGCUCAACCUUCCAUAUCUCAUCAUACCCAUCUGGGCAGCCAAAAGACUCUUCAACCAGCCCAGGACCUGCCCACUGCCAACAGCUGAUCAGGUUGCAGAAGAGCAAAACAAGAAUCUGCUCCAGCGCCCUAUGGAUUUGGGAUUGGUAGGAUUCCUCCUUUUGGCUGUGGUCUACACACUCUUCCGAGGACUGGUUGUUCUGGACUGCCCAGCUAAUUCCUGUUUUGAUUACCUUUACCUGCAAGAACCCUACCUGCGAGAUCCAGUGGCCUAUCCCAAGAUUCAGAUGUUGGUGUAUCUAUUUUAUGCCCUGCCAUAUUUCUGCAUCGCCAUCUAUGCAUUACUCGUUCCUGGAUGCACGUGGAUGGGAGACCUGGCCUUGGUUUUUGCUGGUGCUAUUGGACAGGCUCAGUUUUCCCAUGUUGCUGCCUCCAUUCACCAUCGCACUCCUUUUCCAUACCGCAUCCCGGAGAGAGAUUGGUGGUUUGUGGUCCUGUGCAACGUAGGCUAUGCGGUGGGCCCACAACUCUUAGCUUACCGCUGUCUCUGCAAACCUGCCUUUUUCUGUAGCCCCGUUUCCCAGUCCAAAGAAAAGAAGAACCAGUGAAAAAAAAGAGAGAGAGAGUGGAAAUCUUGUGCUCACUGUUGCUCACACAUCCAACGGUGUGACACACCCAGGUGCUUCCUUGGGAGAAUCCCAGUUCUGACACUGUUUUAAAUAACUUGGGGGGUGGGGUGCAAACCAUUCUGGAGUAUAGCCAUCAACGGACCCUUAUUGUCUCGUCUCUGCGUCAUGCACUUGAAGCCGAUUUGAAACGGCGAAAUCAAAAAAGUUCAUUUGUCUAUAAGAGAUCCUUUUGAUGUAGCGAGCAAAGUUAACACAAAGGUCUUUAUGGUUUUAGGUGUUUAAAAACUACACUGAGGUUUUGGGGUGGGAGGUUCCUGGGAGAUGGGGGAAAAGAGAAGAACCCCAGAAAUUUGAAGGCCUUUGAGGAUGAGACACUAGCUAGUUUGUCAUCCAUUUUCCUAUUUUUCGUCUGGAAAGGAAGGGUGCUAAUUUAUGAACAAAAAGGAACUUGUUCAUAACGCAGAAACAGGGACCUGGAACAACGCCUUGAAGUCACUGUUUACAGAAUUAUAAAGGGGGUGGGACCCCCAGAUUAAUAUAUGACUUUUAAAGAACUUGA